AUGGACUCACUCCACAGUCUGCACUUGAAGGAACUUGAACCCCAUCUUUUCUGUGUAACCGUCUCCAUCUGAAGGAGGGGAAUCCAGAAAUCCUCUCGAAAAAUAGAUAAACUAUAAAGAAUGGCAACGAUUUGAGAGAACUGUAGGGUUUACUCGCGAAUAUUAACUGAGAGAGUUUUCACUUUGCAGGAGACGCCAACGUUGAUCUACUCUACCAACUUCAACAGGAAAUACCAAUUAGGAGAUAAUUCUACAAGGCUGAAUUCAUGUAACUCCUUUGUCUGGGCCUCUAAGUGUGACAAUGUGUGUGAGAGGUGUCCAAAGUUUUCGCUUCUCGAAUCGGUCAGAUUAAGAUGGAGCUCGGCCGGAUUUCGAAGGGGUGAUAAAAUAUUGAAGAGAAGAUUCGAGGAGAUCUGGAAUUUCGAUAAAUGAAGCUUUCCGAAGUCUUGCGCUGUGGGAUUGACGAAGCUUAGUAAUGCCUUUCCUGAGAAUCUGCCGGAGAGUGAAAUUCGAGAUUGGAUGUGGGAGGAUAGUGGGUUUGAUACUUUUUGGGGAGAAAAUAGAGGAUUCUGCAGCCAUUUCCUGUUUGUUUUUGGAAUGGAUCGGCAGCUGAGUAUCUAUAGAGACUUUCCUGGUCUUUAACCCUUAGAACCGCUCUCAUUGUAUCUUAUUUGUCUCUUUUUUCCAUUUAUUUUUUAUUUUUUGGUUGGGGAGAGGGGUUGUCUGGUGUUUUGCAGUGUGAGGCUGUAUUAGAGUUCCUGUAUAUUUUUUGGCAUUUGUAAGGUCGGAGCCAAAACAUUGUUGGUUAAUGUUCCGAGUUCUGAGGUGAUAAUAUGUAAUAGAGGAGUUGACCUUCGAACAAUUGAACGUGGGAUGGCAGGGGAAACAAAAGAAACACGGUCAUUGGCCAUGACCCCAACAUGGUCUGUGGCCACUGUGUUGACCAUCUUUGUUGCUAUUUCGCUGAUUGUGGAGCGCUCCAUUCACCGCUUAAGUCAUUGGUUGCAGAAAACUAAUCGGAAACCUCUAUAUGAAGCUGUAGAGAAAAUGAAAGAUGAGUUGAUGCUGCUGGGUUUUAUAUCUCUUCUUCUUACUGCUACCUCGAGCACGAUUUCAAAUAUUUGCAUUGAAACAAAGUUCUUUGACAGUAAAUUCUAUCCAUGCUCCGUCUCUGAUGUGGAAGAUUCUGCAGUUGAGAACAGUUCUAUCCAUGGUCGUAAACUAUAUUUGGGUUCUGUUCAUCACUCAUUUAGGCGGCUGCUGAUCAGCUUGAAUCAGAAUACCUGUACAAAGGGUCAUGAGCCAUUUGUUUCAUAUGAAGGCUUGGAGCAGCUGCAUCGCUUCAUCUUUGUGAUGGCAAUAACACAUGUAUCUUACAGCUGCUUAACUAUGUUGCUGGCAAUUGUAAAGAUCCAUUCUUGGAGGGAGUGGGAAGAUGAGGCAAAUAUGGACCGGCAUGCUUCAUUAACUGGAACUGCAAGAGGGUCUAUGAUACAGAGGCAAGCUACAUUUGUGAAGUUUCAUACAUCAAAUCCAUGGGGAAGGAAUAGUUUUCUUGUUUGGGUGAUUUGUUUCUUCCGGCAAUUUGGACGUUCAGUGGUUCGUUCCGACUACCUUACACUCCGCAUGGGCUUCAUCAUGAACCACAACCUUACGGUGAAAUAUGAUUUCCACAGCUAUAUGGUUCGCUCUAUGGAAGAAGAGUUCCGAAGCAUAGUUGGUGUGAGUGCACCACUGUGGGGAUUUGUUGUUGCUUUCAUGCUGUUUAACGUGAAAGGGUCUAACCUUUAUUUCUGGAUAGCCAUCAUUCCUAUUACUCUUGUGCUUCUGGUGGGAACAAAGCUGCAACAUGUUAUUGCGACUUUGACGUUGGAGAAUGCUGGCAUAAAUGGUUUCUUCACAGGAACAAAGUUAAGACCUCGAGACGAUCUUUUCUGGUUUAAGAAACCAGAAUUAUUACUGUCCUUGAUACAUUUUAUUCUUUUUCAGAACUCAUUUGAGCUUGCAUCCUUUUUCUGGUUCUGGUUGGUCCUCAAGAAUCUUCCUGUUAACCUUGCAUAUUCGAUGCUUCAAUGUACUUCAACUCAUUUCAAGACUCGAUACUUUGAGUGGCAGUUCGGGUAUGAUUCAUGCUUUAUUAGGAAUCACUUUCUGGUGUAUGCUCGACUGAUUUUGGGGUUUGCUGGACAGUUCCUUUGCAGUUACAGCACCUUGCCACUCUAUGCAUUGGUAACUCAGAUGGGUACAAACUACAAGGCGGCCUUGAUCCCACAAAGAAUUAGGGAGACGAUCCACGGUUGGGGGAAGGCAACAAGGAGGAAGAGACGGUAUGGACAUAUAGAUGAUUCAACCAUACACACAGAUACAAGCACAGUGCACUCCAUAGAGGAAGAUGAUGCCACUAGUGAGUACACUGAAAUUGAGUUGCGACCUGUGUCAACUACUACAGCUAGUCCCUCAGCACUUACUAAUGAGACUUCGAGUCGGGUUGGUACGCCUCUCCUUAGGGCAUCAACUUCUCUUUCAUCCUCAACUUCAUUCAGUCUUCACCAAGGCAGAGCUCUUAGGUCCACUUCAAUGCCACUCAGAAGAGGAUGAAGAAUGGCCAUCCAUCUUGAAUAUAUAGAGCUUAGUCCAUAGAUGUACCAAAGAAUUGAUGUAGAAGCUUUGGUUAGGUGCUUUACAAGAGGAAUAAUGUUAUGCUAAUUCAAGUUUGUAUAGAAGAAAAUGUGGUAUGGGCAUUCUUUGUAAUCUUAUGACAGGUGGAAAUCUAAGGACAAAAAAGGUUAUCAUACUGCCCAAAAUGCAUGUAGCUGCAUAUUUUGGACACACCA